AUGUCAUACACCAAUUGUCUCCCUGUUGAUAGCUACGAGGGCACUAUCAACGGUAUUCAGCUAAGAUGGCACUACAGUGCAAGGGAAAGACUUAAUACAAAUGCAGGCCGUAUGGGUGCGGAUCCGCAGAAGCUGAAAGCUGUCACAGAACGUCUUGCCUAUGCCUGUGCCCUAAGGCUUGAACGGACUGGAAUCUCUAUCUUGUAUGAUAGGUACGUAGUACAUUAUAUCUCGGUAUUCCACCUUUGUGAACUAACCCUACAUUUGUUUACCUCAACUACCAUUUACAACGGCGAGACAAUUAAGGACGAACCUCAUAUAACACUGAUCUUGAGACCAGGCCAGUGGAAGGCUUAUAUCUACGUCAACGUGCUGACGGGGGAGUUGGACAAUGUGACUAUGAAAGGAGAAAGUGUUUUGAGAAACGGUGUACUCGAUGCCACACUCUCUACAGGUACAUAUCCAUCGUUGUCCUAG